UGACGGAAGUAACCCAGUGCCAAUUUGAUCUUGGUUAGUCCUUGACUCACGUGUCCACUACUGAACCGCGCUUACUUUCUUCGGAAAAAAAAACUUUUUCAAUGGUGGUUGCGAUUAAAGUAUUCAAGAAAACAACACCGAAUGGUAAGGUCACAGUUUAUCUAAGCAAGAGGGAUUUCAUCGACCACCUCGACUACACCGAUCCUAUCGAUGGAGUCGUCGUCGUUGAAGAUGAGUAUUUGCAGGGCCGCAAAAUCUUCGCCCAGGUGGUCACCGUGUACCGCUAUGGGCGAGAAGAAGAUGAGGUUAUGGGCCUCAAAUUCAGCAAGGAGAUAGUCGUCGCAACAGCCCAAGUAGUACCGCAGAAACGUGACAAGGACACCGAGCUCGCUCCUAUCCAAGAAAAGUUAGUCAAAAAAAUGGGACCUAACGCCAGUCCAUUCACGUUCCAGUUUCCGGAUAUGGCUCCAUGCUCGGUGACGCUCCAACCGGGUGAAGAUGACCAAGGCAAACCCCUCGGUGUAGAAUACUAUGUCAAGUGCUGGGUUGGUAAUAACGAAGACGACAAGGGCCAUAGACGCAGCACGGUACAGCUUGCCAUCAAGAAACUGCAGUACGCUCCGUUGGAUCGGUGCGGCAAUCGAUUGCCCAGUUCAUUGGUGUCCAAAGGCUUCACAUUCUCAAGUGGCAAAAUAAACCUGGAAGUCACCCUCGACAAAGAAAUCUACUAUCAUGGCGAGAAAAUUGGAGCUAACAUAAUGAUAACCAAUAAUUCUAGGAAGAAGGUGAUGAACAUUAAAGUUUACGCGGUGCAACAUUGCGAAGUGACCAUGGUAAAUGCUCAAUUUUCCAAAUAUGUCGCGAGCUUAGAGACCCGCGAAGGAUGUCCGAUUACACCAGGUGCUAGUUUCACCAAAGUCGUCUAUCUGGUGCCUCUAGCUUCCAGCAAUCGGGACAGGCGUGGAGUGGCUUUAGAUGGGCGUCUCCGAGAUGAUGACGUAAAUUUGGCGAGCUCCACUUUGGUACCAGAAGGAAAAUGUCCAAUCGAUGCCAUCGGUAUCGUAAUAUCCUACUCUCUAAGAGUUAAACUGAAUUGCGGUACAUUGGGUGGCGAACUGAUGACGGACGUGCCUUUUAAAUUGUUGCAUCCAGCCCCUGGAAGUAUCGAAAGAGACCGAGUGCAGGCUAUUAAGAAAACCAAAUCUACCGAGAGAGCUCGCUACGAGAAUGAUGACGACGACAACAUUGUUUUCGAAGAUUUUGCCAGAUUCCGCAUGUCACGUGACGAGAUUGAGUAAAAGUAAACCUAUGUAAGGCAACAGUCGACUACCAACAGUGUGAAAAACACGAACGCAGUAAUAAAAGAUUAUUUGUAACUCGCCGUUAUCAUUGAAAGUGUCAAUAAACAUCGACACAAACAUGCCGUUUCAAUGAGAUCGGAGACUUACGAUUGAUUAAUUGGGAACUUCUUUCAAUGGUAGUAGUAUUGGUAAUCGUUUAUCGUCUUACAUCACUUAUGAAACGUAAUUAAAUACGAAAAAAAAAUCUAAACUAAGAAACGGCAACGUUCUUCCGCCAGAAGUGAUUAUAGGAAUAGAAAAAAAAAAACGAAAUAUUUAAAUGACGACUGUAAUAUUGUUUAUGCUUGAGCUAUGGAAAAGUGAUGUUCAAUUUUGAAUUCUAAAUAUUCUAAUUUCAUUUAUUAUAAUAACGCUAUUAGUUGUAGAUAUACCUUAUCUGUGCAUGCAAAAUAAAAAUAAAAUCGUCUUACAUAUAA